AUGUUAAAAGACCUCUUUACCAGACUUCUAAAUAGAAUAGCUGGUGAAUAUAUUGUUGGUUUGACUAAAGAAAAUUUAAAAUAAUUUGGAAUAUUUUCUGGUGAAGUCAAAAUUUAAAAUGUUUCGCUCAACCCAAGUGUUAUAGAUAUACUAAAUCUUCCAAUAAGCCAUCAAUUUUCUAGAAUAGAGAAAUUUGAGCUUAAAGCCCCUAUAUAAAGUAUUGGAUCUAAACCAGUAGAAUUAUUAUUAGAUGGCCUAUAUUUGGUUGUAACACCUAAAGAAAAAAAAGAAUGGACUUUCUAAGAUUACAAUUCCCUUAGACUGAAGCUGUUGAAUAUUGAAACAUUUACCAUUGAAUGUCUUUAAAAAAUAGCAGCAAAGUAAUAAGAAUAAAGUAAAUCAGGCGAAAAAGAUGCUGGAUAUAUGUAAAAGCUAACUAUGAAAAUAGUGGAUAAUUUAUAAGUCACAAUAAAAAAUAUUCAUGUCAGAUUCGAAGACACUAUCACAAAAAGAUAUUCAUGGGGUUUCUGCUUAGAUAAAAUAGAAACUUUUACAAUAAAUAAAGAUGGGGAACAGACUUUCAUAGAUAGAACUGUUUAAGCAAAUAAAAAUGAGCCAACAAGAAAAUUAUUAAUAAUAUCGAAUGCUGGUAUCUAUUGGAAUGCUCAUGAAGAAAGGUUUAUUUAUGAUUCUCCCAAUCAUCGAAGAGUUCAAAUUAUGAAUGGGAUGAUCAUGAAAGAAGGCUAACUAUAAACUGAAGAACCAGUUGAUUUCCUUUUAAAAAUCUCAUUUUAGGUCAGUUUAAUCAUGAACAACAAAGGAAAUUUCGAAGUGCCCGAAAUUUAAGUUAAAUUAAAUCUUGAUAGCAUAGAUCUCCAUUUGCAACAAAGAUAAUUGCAACAGAUUAUUGAAUAGCUUGAGUAUGCUUUUGAGUAUGCAAAAGAAAUAGCAAUUAGAAAGAAAAAUAAUAAAAAUAUAGAUGCAUAGGAAAUUGAAAGAUUAUCAAAUAUAUUUUCUACACAUCACAAUAAAAUUAUGUAAUAAGAUAAAGAUAAUCAAACAGUUUAAUGCUUAAGUGAAGUUGAAAAAGCAGAAUAUGAAGAUGCUGUUAUCAAGUUAGACAUUGAAAUUCUACAAGAAAGGGCGAAAAAAAUUAUUUUUGAAAUAUAAAAAGCAAUUAAAAUAAAGGAGCUUGAAAAUAAAAAGAAAGGGUAAAAAUAAGGAUUUAUGAGUUAUAUUUUCAAAGCACCAAAAGACUUAAUUACAGAAGAUGAAAAAAAUUAAAUAAAGCAGUUUAUUGAUGAAAACUUUAGUGAAGAGGCUAUUGACGCACCUAAGGUUAUUAGACCUAAAGAAUAUGUUUAUUGUACUGUAGACUUAACUUUGAAAGGAGCUUGCAUUAAGCUUAGUAAUGAUCUAGGCUCUACAGUAUAGUGCUUGUUAUUUUAGCUUAACUAUAUCAAUGGAAAUUUUAAGUUGCGUGAAGAAAAUAGCGAAGUAAAAGUCACUCUUAAAAGUUUGUAGUUGAAAAUGAUUGAUGAAUUUUUAGGAAGUAAUACAGCAAAAACUUUAAAUAUCUUAAAUCCUACUAUUGAAAAGAGUACUUAUCCUUUGAUCGAGUGUACUUUCAUCUCCAACCCAUUAGAUGCUCCUCACAUUGAUAAAGUUAUUGACAUAAAAAUUAGAUCAGUCAGAUUUAAUUACGAUUCUCACCUAGUCCUUCGACUCACUUAGUUUUUUGAUAUUUAAUUUAAAGAUGAGCAAUUUAAAUAAUCUGCUUAGGAAUAAAUUUCUGAUUAAAUUCAUAAGGAGCAAUUCUCUUUGUAGGAAAGAAUGAAGAAUGAUACAGUUCUUAAAUUUAAUUUAGAUUUAGAUUCACCUGUUAUUGUCAUUCCACUUAAACAAAAUGGAAUGAUAUCCAAUUAAGCAUGGGUUAUAAAUUUAGGUAAUCUAAAAGUAAAUACGAUUUAAGAUGUUCUCAAACCAAAUCUACCAUUUGAGAUAAAGGCAUUAGAUAUGUACAACAUUUAACUAUCUAAAACGAAGCUGACUUUUUUUGAAUCAAUAGAGCUGUAUAAUAACUAUAUAAAUUCAAGUAAAUCCUAAUAAAUAUAAGAUCACUUUUCUGAGAAUUCAUAAUUCUAUAAUACCGUUGAUGAUUUCUCUAUUAAUUUAAGUGCUACUCUUGUCAAACAACCUGCACAAGGAAAAAUACAAAAAGCAAAUAUCUUAAUUGAAGGAGGCAUAGAUAAGAUAAAUCUUAGAAUGAAUCCAAGUGUUUAUGAGAAAUUAUUGAGUAUUGGUGAUUGUUUUGAAAUACCAAUCGAUGAACUAAAGUUGCCUAGAAAGCAAACACUAGAAUAAGUAGAACAAAAGAAAAAUGUUUUAUUAAGUAGAUCUAUUAAAAGUGGUAUCAUAUUUAAAAGAGGCAAGACACUAAAAAAUUGGGUAAGGUAUACUGGUGUUUUAUCAGGUGGUUACAUUUAUUUAUUCUCAAAUUCCUAUGAUCUUAAAGCGUAAGAAGUAAUAUGGGUCAAGAACUCUAUAAUAACAAGAGUUGAUGAGAGUAUUGUUGGCUUUAAGAAUGCAUUUAGCGUUAAAAAUAAAUACACCGAUAUUUAUUUUGCCUGUGAAAAAGAAAACGCUACCAACUCAUGGAUAGAAAAUAUUGAAAAAAUAAGAACUUAAAUUACAAAAAAUGUAAUUACUGAGAAAGAUUUGGAGUAAUUUGGAAAUAAUUAAAAGCUUAGCUCAAAUGAACUAGAAAAGCAGCAAAAAAAUAAUUUAGACUAAAUCUUGAUUGAAUCCCAUUUUUAGAUUGGAAACAUUUAGUUAUCAUUAUUCGAUGAGACUAAGUAUUCAGAAAAACCAUUUUUAGUUCUAAAAACACAGAAGCUAGCUUUAGAUUAUUUCGAGAGAAAACAAAAGACAAAUGUUGGCCUUGCUUUAGGUGGACUAUUUUUAUCUGACUAUCUCUAUUCUUACAAAGAUAACAAUUUAAAUGAUUUUAUAACCAGUUCAUUAGAAUCAGAUCAAAACUAAAAUGAUCUUAUUUAAGUUAGCCUAAUAAUGCUUGAUAAAGGGCAUCCUGAAUAUCAAAAUGUAGACUUGAAUAUUGACUUAAAGUUCAAUAAUCUUACUCUUAAUUACAAACCAGAUACUCUUGCUAAAAUACUCACAUUUUUCUAGGCAGAAUCUAAUAUUGAUUUCUCAAAUAAAGAAAGUAUAAGUGGUAAUUUAAGUGAAACUAUGGCUUCUGGAAAAAUAAGCUCACUGAAUUCAAAUAAUACUAAAAAUUAAGGGUCUAAGCAGUAAGAAUCACCAAAAUUUAAAAAUUCAGAUUCUCCAUCCUCUAAAAGUUAAGAUUUAUAAGAUUGCUCAACAAUUCUGUUGCAAGCGAAUGUUUAAAUAAACUAGAUAAAGAUUGUUUUAAUUAACUUCAAAAACAGACUUCCCAUCAAUGACUUACAGAUAAAUAAUAUUAACAUUGAAACUAAGCUAAGAUCUGAUGAAAUAGCCAUAAAAAGCUCCUUAGGCAAUUUAAGAGUAAGAGACUCAACAAAUUAUCCGAACACGAUCUAUUCUGAAGAAGAUUGGAAAAAUAUUCAAUAUUAAGAAAUUCUAGGAAUACUAAAUAAAAAUAACUCAUCUAACUUAUUGGAAGUUGAUUUUAGAAUGCUAUUUGAAGGAUCUAGUAAGAUAUAAUCUGACAAUGUUGAUACUUUUGUCAAUUUAGUUUUUAAUUCUAUUCAUCUUAACUAUAUUUAAGCACCUGUUUUGAGGUUUAUUGAUUAUAUCUUACAGUAGUUUUUGGAAUGUUUGGAAAAUCCAAAUUCUUUUAUUCAUGAAUCAGAAAUAGUUGAAAAGUAUAAAAUCUCCUUUUUUAAGGAUUUAGAUAAAGCUUAGGAUCCUGUCCUUUGUUUAGAUAAAAUAGGAGGGAAAAAAAUAGCAGAAUUAUUAGAGAAACCAUUACUUUUUAAGCUAGAUAUUUUGAUCAAGAAUCCAUUAAUAACUCUUAAACCAAAUCCUUAAUCUGGUGAGUAUUUACAAGCAGACUUAGGUGUAAUCAAAGUUACAAAUAAGGUAGUUAAGGAUUCUAGCAGAUUAUUGGAAUGUAAGAUAAAAAAUGAAAUAAAAGAAACAUAUAGCGAUAUUUAUGAAGUAAAUGCUGAGAAUAUGCUAAUUAGAGUAAUUAAAGGAGACUAAGUUACAGAAAUAACUCAAAAAUUUAACUUGAAUGUUAGUGUUAAUCUUGCUAACUAUUUUUAUUAAUAUAAAUACAUUUAUGGAAAUGAUAUUAAAAUAGAUACAACUAUUAAAGUUUACAACCAUAUCAGUCCUAUUAUUUUUAGAAUUUCUAAUGAAAACUAUAAUUUGAUAAUGAAGUGUGUCAUGCAUAACAUAGCUUAUGAUGAUGGCUGUGAUAGAUUCUUAGUAAAUGACUGGGAAAGGAAUUAAAAGCCUUAAGCAGUAUUAGAGAAGAUGAUUAAAAAGUAAGAAGACAGCAAACUUAAAAGAACUAUGAAUUUAGCAUACUAGUAUUUUGAUAAAGAUGGAGUUUUUGUUCAAGUAGAUCUAGAAAAUCUAUCUGUAUUUGCCCUUGAUCAAGAAAAUAACCUUCCUUUUGUCAAAUUCACUGUGGAAGGCAUGAGGGUAAUUUAAAUAAUAGAUGAAAACAUUGAUAAGGAAGAUAUUUAUGAUAAAACCUUAAAAACUAAAAUUUAUGCUAAAAAAUUGAAUGCUUCCUGCUUUAGCUUGAUAAAUGGAGAAUAUGUAGAGAGUAGUUUGCUUGGUGAAGAAAUAGUCUAAAAAACGUACAGCUUAGAAGAAUUAUAAGAUAUAAACGUUUUAAUUAAUAAUGAAAAUUAGUAUAAUGUUCAAUCAGAAUAUUAAAUUAAUAGACAAUCAUAAAUAUAAUUUGAAUUUGAGUUACUGCCUAAUGAUGACAAGGAAAUGGAAAUCAGUAUUCAGAAUUGUAAGGUGUAAGCUAAAGUUAGACAUCUUCUUGCGAUUGCGGAUUUCUUUGAUUUAGAUGCUAGUGUUGAUGCUCCUGAACCAGUUUUUAAAGUAGAAUUAACUUAAGAAUAGAUUUAGGAAAAGUAAAAAGCUGAAUAGUAAAUUAAAUAAUACAAUAAAGAAAUGAGAUAAGGCGUUUAAACAAAAUUGAAAAUAAACAUUCAAAAUUUUAUAAUUUGUACACCUUGCCCAGAUGAAGUGAAUGUUAUAGCUAUCAGAUGCGAAUUAGAUUUCAAUUUGAAAAUGUAAGAAUUAGGAGCUAAGCAAACAGAAAAAUCAUAAUACUAUUAAUAAAUGAGUAAUUAAAAAAAUAUUGCAUAGUAAAUAAAUGAAACAAUUAAUAUGUCAGCCAACUUGAAAAAAUUAGAAAUUUUCAUUUGCAACCAAGAAGAACUGAAAACAAAAGAUUUUAAGAAAGUCUUAAAAAGGAAUAUACUUCUUCCACUGGAUUUAAAUUUCAAAAAAAUAGAGUAUUUACUUCCUUAAGAAAAUAAUCUCUUUUCAAAUAAGACAAGCAUAGAAACUUAGCUUUUAAAAGCAGUUUUAAAAAUAACAUUCUAAGAUCUCACAUUAGUCAAUCAAACUAUAGUAAUUAUAUAAGAAGAUAUCAAAAACUAACCUGAAAGGUUAAGCAGAAAAGUAGAAAUUCCUCUGCAAGAAAAAGAUAAAAUCUAAAGUGAAGAUGAGUUAAAUGUAAACUAAUAAACAAGACCUACAACACUUAUACCUAAACUUACUGAGGAACAAAAAAUAAAAUAAGAAUUAGAGUAAGUUGAGUCAAAAUUAAUUUAAAUAGCUCAACAUUAGGUAUAGGUCAAUGAAGUGGAUUUAUUUAUUGAUAUUUAAGGCCUAGAAAUAAUUAUUAUAAAUGACUUGAAUUCUUCCUAUGUUCCUGUAUUAGAUUUGAACCUCUAUGAAAUGAAUGUCAAAUUUAACCAAAACAAUAUCUAAGCUAAACUUACUUCUAGUUUUGAAUUAGGUGCUGAAUAUUAUAAUGCUAAAGUAGGUUUAUGGGAGCCUAUAAUAGAAAAAGUAGGCUUUACUGUUGAUUUUAUUAAAAGCGAAGUAAGCAAUGUGAAAUAGCUAAUUACAAUUGAGAUGAAUCCAAAUUACAGAACGCUUAACUUAACUGUAUCCACUUAAUUCUUAUAUCUCCUCUCAAGAAUCAAUUACACAAUUAGAAAGGAAAUCAUCCCUGCUGUUAGGAAAACAAGAGAAUCAUAUAUUUGGAGUACUAAUUUUUCGUCAUUGCAACACUCUGAGGUGCAAAAGGAAGAAACUUCAGAUGAAGAAAAUUUGCAAGAGAUAUCCCCAUAUGCUGUUAGAAAUGAAACAGGAUAUCCUAUUGAAAUAAUCACAGACUUAAAUAACAUUUAAAAUUCUUAAAACAUUCCCUUAGUAUCCGAGUAAAAAAUCUAUAAAUGUUAUUUAAAUAACUUCCAAGAAAAAAACUUUAAAGUUGAUAUGAUGGAGUCCAAAAUAGUAAAUGACAAAAAAGAAACAUUUGUUUUCAAAAAAAGUAGUGAAUAGGUUAAAGUUAAAGUAUUAGUUCCUAAUAAGAAUUUGAAAUAUAUUUAGCAAAUAGACUUAGACAAAGUGCGUAGUAGCUUAAGGGUCUGCAAAAAUGAAAAUAACAUAAAAUUAUAUUAUGUUAUAACUGAAGUCAAGCUUGAUAAUUUUACUUUUAAAAAGGUUCUAAACAUUUCUUCUCCUUAUUAGUUCUUUAAUGGAUGUAACUAUGUUCUAUAACUCACUAUUUUUGAUGAAAAUCAGAUUCAAAAGCAGGUGUUCAAUAUUAAGAAAAAUCAGAAAUUCCCUAUUCCUAUAGAUCUUCUAAAUGGAUUUUUUAGUGUUACUUUAGAAAAAAGUGAAUAUAAAUCAAAAAUUUACAAUUAUAACGUACUUAGAAAUAGUAUGCUUAAUUAAGCGCAAGAAAUUUAGCUAUCAGAUAAAUUUUUAAUACUUAGAGUAAAUCAAGACAUUUAAAAUUAGAAGUGUACAAUAUUUUCUUUGGAACCUCCUUACAAAAUUAAAAACUGCUUACCAAAACCUAUACUUUUCUAAUUUAUUAACAACAAUUCGUCAGAAAACAAGGUAGCAAGAUCGAAAAGACAAACAGAUUCUUCCAAAAAUAUGAAUAGCGGAUAAGUUUAUGAAUUUUAUAACUGUUCUUAAAAUAUAGAAUCAGUUAUCAGUUUGCAGAUUCCUAACCAUUUCUAUAGUAAUGAGGCUAAAAUGAUUGGUAAUUAAAUUGAAAGAGUAGCCAUUAAAGAUUUUAAUGGAAAUCAAAGUGAAAUAUCUAUUCAUCAAAAAGAAUAAACUGUUUAAGGAUGUAAGUAUCUAUACAUAUACUGCAAAGGUUAUCUAAUAAAUGAAAGUCCUUAAAAAUUAAACAUUUACACAUCAAUUUAGAAAAAAAAAUCAGAAUGCAGGAUUGUUGGAGGUUAAAAUCAGAUUUAUGAGGAAGAAUCUUUAAAUACUAACUUUAUUUUAUUCGGCAACGACACUGGGGAAUAAUUAAGUAUCUAAGACUAUAAAUAUGAUAAAAUUUCUUAACCAGUUAGUAUAGGAGGUGUGGGAACAACUUAGUUAGACUUAUACACAUUAAAUGAUUUCUUGAUACCUAUUUAUUAGACAGUAGGAGUUAAUGUUUCCAUUAAAAACGUAGAUUAUGAUUAAAAGCUGUUUUCAAAAGUGAUUACUAUUUCUCCUAGGUUUAUAUUAGUUAAUAAGACAGGACAUUAGAUUUAUAUUAAGUAGAAAGGGUAUGAUGAUAAAGUUACAGCAAUAGAAAAAGAUACCAGAAUUCCUUUGUUUUGGUAUGAUUAAAGUGAGAGCAGAUUUUUAUCAAUUAAGUUAUAAGAAGAAGCAAAUGAGUGGAAUUGGAGUGGAAAUUUAAAUGUUCAAGAGCUCGGAACUGUGAACUUUAUGGUAAGAAGUACUUAAGAUAAAUUAAAUGUAGUUUUCUUAAGGACUGAUGUGCGAUCUGAUGAUUCAAAUAUUUACAUAGUAAUUGAAAAAGUCAGCGAUAAAGAAAAACCUUAUUUGAUAUAAAAUCUUACUUCUAGUGUUACUAUAAAUUUGUAUGAUUUUAAUGUAUCUCUCUUGCCAUUAUCUGAAAAUUAUGACUCUGCAUAGCUUGAUUAGUAAUACCAUUUUUCAUGGGAACAUCCAUUUGAUAGAGAAAAGAAACUUUAUUUAUAAUUGAUACCAAAAUAAAAAAACUAUCAGCUUCUCAAUUAUAACUUAUCACCUGACUAAAUUUAUCUUCGAGAUAAAUUAUAAUUAUCUCCUUAAGGAUUAAAUAAAAAUUAGUUUUAGAAUAUUUACAUUAAAUUGUCAAUUGAGAUUGACGGUUUUACAAGAAUUAUUAAAUUCGAAGACUCGUAUAAAGAUGAACCUGUUACAUAGUAAGAAAAGGAAGAGCUAAGACAAAAGAUAGAAAAAUAAAUAGAGUAAAAGCAUUUUCCAUAAAAUUUGGGACAACCAAAAAAACUUAGCCUCAAGGAAAGUUAACAAAAAAAUUAAGAAGAAUCAAAUUCUCUAUUAAAAAAUAAAAUUGAAUAGUAGAUAAGUGUUUAUAUAAAAUAGAUUGGUAUUUCAGUAGUUUAAAAUCAUAGAAUAAAUGAGAAGCCAAAAGAGAUAAUCUAUGUAACAAUAAAAGGAGUUGAGUUUAUUACUAUAAAAAAAUAAGAAUUAAUGACGAAUCAGCUUAGAGUAAAACUCUUGAAUAUUGACCAAAAUAACAGUUACAACAUUUCUAAUCCUGUAAUUUUAACUCCAAAUAAAUAUUCUCAGUACAAUAAAGAUAAAACCAACAAUUUUUUCAUAAACAUCAUGGUAGAAUAAAACUUAGUAGCUAAAAACCUUACUCUCUUUAAUAACCUAGUUUUAGAAAUUGAUCCUUUCACAAUUAGAAUAGAAGAUUAAUUAGUUAAUGUUGUAUAGGAUUUUAUAAAUACCGUAGAAGAAGUCUAAUAUACUGUAGAAAGUUCUCAUUUGAGUUCAAUUAAAAAUCAAAUCGAUGAGUCUGCAAGCUUAAAAAAAAAUCAAAACAAAAAUAAAAAAUUCAAAUGGUAAGAAUGUGAAAUUCCUCCAAGUAGUAUUCCUACGUUUAUAAAUCAGCUAAUCCUAUCUAAUAUUGAAGCUAAUCUUAUAAUCAAAGGUAAUUUUAAAACAAGCACACAGAGCUCAAACUUUUUUAAGCAAAUAUUUUCUGCACUUGGUGUUGUUUUAGCUGACAUAGAAUCACCUAUUAAGUUAAAUGGAAUAAAACUUAUUAACUGCUUUGAAACACCCUCUGGCAUCACUAGUAAAUUAACAGAUCACUAUAAAACUUAAGCUAUUAGAGAAGUUCUAAAGGCAUGUGGAUCAUUCAAUAUUAUUGGUAAUCCAGUUGGACUCUUCUAAAAUAUUUCCACAGGUGUAAUUGAUCUUAUUUAAAAACCUGCUGAAGGUUUUGUCAAAGGACCUCUUGAAGGCGGAUUAGGUAUUAUGGAAGGAGCUUCUUCUUUAAUCAAAAAUACUAUGGCGGGAGCUUUUAAUUCAGUUAAUAAGAUAACUGGGUCUUUAUCUAGUGGAGUGUCUGCUUUAUGCAUGGACGAAGAAUACUUACAAGAAAGAGAGAGAAAGAAUUAAAUUAAACCAAAAAAUGUUUUAGAUGGAGCCACAUAAGGAAUCACUUCCAUAGUAUCAGGUGUUACUAAAGGAAUCACAGGCGUUUUGGUAAAUCCUUUUGAAGGAGCUAAAAAGGGAGGAGCUUUUGGUUUGCUAAAAGGAGUUGGUUUAGGAAUUGCUGGGCUUAUUACUAAACCUGUUUCUGGAGUUUUAGACGCCGCUUCUUCCGUAACAGGUGGAAUAAAAAAUAAUAUAAUGCUAGGAGAUGAAAAAGCUAAUGAAGUUAGACUUAGAAAUCCUAGAGUUUUCUAUGGAAGAGAAGGAUUUUACAAAGAAUUCAUUGAAAUUGAUGCUGCAAUGAAAGCGAUUCUCCACACUACUUCUAAAGGAAAAUAUUAAAAUGUUGACUAUUUAUAAGCUUAUUUGAUUGAUGGGGAUGGAGAAAACUAGAAAAAUAAUGUAGUCUUAGUAAUAAGUUAUGAAAUUAUUUUACUUUUUGAUGCAUCAAGAAAAAAGAAAUGGUAUUUUGAGACUAGUGGAUUUUGUAGAGUAGAACUCAAAUAAAAUGGAAUUUAACUUUAUUGUUAAAAUGAAAUUUAAAAACUAAAAAAUAAAAGUGCAUUCGUUGCCAUUAAAAAAGAUGAUCAGAAGGAAUAUAUUUUCAAUUAGAUUAACACUCUUAAAUUCUAAUUAGAAGAAGAAAAAAAAAUUAGUCAGCUAGAUAAUUGA